AUGGAGAUGGAGGGUUUGCUUUCGUCCAAUGGGUACGUGAUGUUUGCACCCAAAGAAUGGACGACCUACAUAAUUUCUUCAAAAAGAAAGGCAACUUUUGACUGGAGGGAUGCUAGAGUCGUGACUCCCGUCAAAGCCCAAGCAUUCAGCUAUAUGUUGGAAAAUGGAGGGCUUGCUAGGUGGGAGAACUACCCAUACAAAAUGCGGAAGGGCCGCUACAAUGGUCAACUCGCAAGGCAGCAAGCCGCGCAAAUCGAUUCGUUUCACAUCGAAAACUAUGUAAUUGAGAAUAGAUUAAGAGCACUAAUUGACAAGCAGCCUGUUGUGGCUCAAGUCUUAGCGAAUCGCUCAUUUGCCGACUAUGAUGGAGGAUUUUUUGCUGGAUAUCCUGCUGAAACUACUAAUCAUGAAGUAUUAAUAACUGGAUAUGGAACGGACCCGGAACAUAGAGAUUAUUGGAUGAUAAAAAAUUCCUAG